CUGAAGGCCUCCCUCUUUGCUCCUUCCCUCGCUGCUUCUGCUCACAGAAAGUCCCCCUCCUUCUCCGAAGAGGAGGCAGCAGCAGCAGCAGCCAGCAGCAGGAGCCUCUGGCCGAGAAGAGAAGGAGGACCGGGCUUGCCUGAGGGUCUACCUUAAUUUUGCUGACUCAGAUCACAGAUUUCCAGGAAGCGUGAGAAAGAAACACAAAUGUCAGAGGAGAAUAUCAUGGAGACUGCCCAAUGAAAACAACUGUUGUUGAUUUAUAGAUGGCUUUUGUGGGCUGUAUAGAUGGAUGUGAGUUUAAAAAAAAUGUUUCUGUGUCUAUAAAAGCACCUCAAAAUUGAGAACUUAAUUUUCAUUUUAUACUUCUCAGAAUUUGAUGAAAUUUCAGGUGGUUGACUCUGAAGAACAAAAGCACAAUGAAUCAUUUGCAACUUCUAUGAUUAGACAGUUCAUCAUGAAUAUAAUGAGCCCCAUUCCUGACAGGCUAUUAGUCUGUAAUUGGUUGCAAUAAUGGAAGUGGCAAUAAUGCUAGGGGUUGGCAUUGAGCAAGACAGUAUUUGUUGGAAUAUGACAACUGCUGAAAGAAACCGCUCCCCAUUACACAACUGGAUGUAAUGAAGAAAAUUGCUUUGAUUAAAACUAUGGCUCCUUUCAGAUAAUGCUAAUGACCAGGAGUUUCAAAUGGAAUACAAUUAAAGCACUCUAAGAAUGCCCAGAAGAGGCUUAAUGUUUCAAGCCAGGACUCGAUGGCUGUUGGUUGGACUUGCUUUACUGUUGAGUUUGUUGCUGAUCAUGUACCUUCUUGAAUGUGCACCACAAACAGAUAGUAAUGGAUCGCUUCCUGGCGUUGUAGGGGAGAAUUUUGGAAAGGAACAUUAUCAAGCUCUUUUGCAGGAACAAGAAGAGCACUACCAAACUAGGGCUAUGAGCCUCAAACGCCAAAUUGCCCAGUUAAAGCAGGAGCUUCAGGAAAUGAGUGAUAAGUUGAAAUUGUUACAGGAAAAGAAAAGCCCAAGGGUCAACAGCAUGGGCUACCAAGGCACCAAAGAACAAGCACCCAAUGAUCUCCUAGAAUAUCUGCAUUCUCAAAUAGACAAAGCUGAAGUAAGCAUGGGGGUCAAAUUGCCUAGUGAAUAUGGAGUCAUACCUUUUGAAAGCUUUACCUCCAUGAAGGUGUUCCAGCUGGAGAUGGGGCUUACACGCCACCCAGAGGAGAAGCCUGUUAGGAAAGAUAAACGGGAUGAGUUGGUAGAAGUAAUUGAGGCUGGCCUGGAGGUAAUCAAUAAUCCAGAUGAAGAAGAUGGUCAAGAUGAAGAUGAUGCGAUCGGGGAACGACAGCUUUACACGGAAAAUGAUUUCAUAGAAGGUUAUUACCGCACUGAGAGAGACAAAGGGACACAAUAUGAAUUGUUCUACAAGAAGGCAGAUGAUAUGGAGUACAGGCACGUCACACUGUUUCGUCCAUUUGGGCCCUUAAUGAAAGUGAAGAGUGAAACCGUUGACAUCUCCAGAUCAAUAAUAAAUAUAAUUGUGCCCCUUGCUGGAAGAACAGAGGUUUUUGCACAGUUUAUGCAAAAUUUCAGAGAAGUGUGCAUUAAUCAGGACAAGAGGAUUCAUCUCACUGUAGUAUAUUUUGGACACGAGGGGCUUUCUGAAGUCAAGAGCAUCUUAGAAUCGGUUGCUAGAGAGGCUAGCUUUCAUAAUUACACUCUAGUUUCUUUGAAUGAGGAAUUCAACCGUGGUCGAGGACUAGAUGUAGGUGCAAGAGCCUGGGAAAAAGGCGAGGUCUUGAUGUUCUUCUGCGAUGUUGAUAUUUAUUUCACGGUUGAGUUCUUAAAUAGCUGCCGUUUGAAUGCUGAGCCAGGUAAGAAAGUUUUCUAUCCUGUGGUAUUCAGCCUUUAUAAUCCUGCCAUUGUCUAUGCUAAUCAAGAUGUGCCACCCCCUGUGGAACAGCAGUUGGUGCAUAAAAAGGAUUCUGGUUUUUGGCGGGAUUUUGGCUUUGGGAUGACUUGUCAGUAUCGAACAGAUUUCUUGGCAAUUGGUGGUUUUGACUUGGAAGUCAAAGGCUGGGGUGGAGAGGAUGUUCACCUGUAUCGAAAGUACCUGCAUGGUGACCUAAUUGUGGUCAGGACCCCAGUGCCUGGCCUCUUUCACCUCUGGCAUGAGAAGCACUGUGCUGACGAAUUGACUCCAGAGCAAUAUCGCAUGUGUAUCCAGUCUAAAGCCAUGAAUGAGGCAUCUCACUCUCAUCUUGGGAUGUUGGUAUUCAGGGAGGAGAUAGAGGCCCAUCUGCGUAAGCAGGCAUACAGGACUAACAGCGAAGCAAUAGGCUAAAACAAUUCUCAGUGCAAUCCAGAGACUCUAGAAUUGCUAUGAACCAGCAUCAUUCUGAAGCCUUAAUUAACUCAGCUUAAACAAAUAAAUAAAUGCAGUGCCUCUCUCUCGAUGAAGAUGAGCUCAAAGAUCUUUGUCUCAGCUGGCCAGCUGUUACCUACGUAUUUUAAUAGAUCAGGCACUUGUGUGAAAGAAAGUAUUUCUUUUUGCAUUUGCAAGUUCAGUUGUGGAAGAGGAAAUGAACCAAGGGCAGAAUAUAUUCAUUUUCCCCAUCUAGAUAUUUCUUUUAACAUUUUCAUUUCUCAGAUAUGCUUUACAUGAGGGUAUGAAGUACAACUAAACCAUUUCAUUACUUCUUGUUGUUCUAUACUAUUCAUUUCACUGUCAUUCUUAGGAAGGAGCACUAAGUAUUCAUUCUACAGGAAAAAAAGACACUGAGGCAAACUCAUAUGCAAAAACAUGGUAUGUUGUGCAGCUAGAAUCACUGAAUUCGCCUUAUUAAUCAUCAGGUACAUAAAUCGGUUUUCAAAUAUAUAUAUAUAUUUAAUUUUUUUUUAAAAAAAAGAGGCCAUUAAACAGUUGGCAAUAAUAUUGUCAUGUUGUUCUUUAUCAGAUUGUAAAUGAGAUGAGCUUGUAUGCUAUUGCUUAUCCUAGCUACUGGCCAAAUGAUUUUUGCAUGUUUCAGGAUGUAGAAAGAGAUGCUGUCUGAACACAAAGCAGAUCACUUCACUGCCUCAUUAUUACAUUUCUGAUAUCCUUUGUUUUUCAGGUGAAUGUUAAAGUCUGGUCACAUAAGUGAAUAGACUGAGAACUGGAGAAAUUGCAUUUAAAGAUUAGACAAUUGAUGGCUAACUAUGCUAACCUGGAUCCAUUUCUCCCUUUUAUGUUACUUCUUGCAGUGGGCAUAAGAAUGGCUCCUGCUCAAGCUCUGUUGACAUGAAAAAAAAAGUUCUGCUUUUUUGUAGCUGGUAUGAAAUGGGGUUUGCAAAGAAGACACUAGAAGCCAGUUGAAUUCAUGGUCAGUGAAAAGAUCCCAUAUUUAGUUCUGAACAACUAUGUACUCUUUGCAUAUAGUUCUGGAUACACAGAUCACUUUUUUAACCAUGUAGUUUGCCUUUCUAUAACAUUGUGGAGAGCAAUGUAAAUUGUCAGAAGUGGAGAGAAUGUAAUGCAAGUUGGCUUGUUGUUGUCUUAUCUUUAUAAUUAAAUUGAGUACUUUUGUGUUUUA